AUGUUUCUCUCAACAGAAGGAGAUGCAUUGCCGUGGGAAAUACGGAUUAAGAUAGCCAUUGGAACAGCUCAAGCUCUUUCAUUUCUCCACUCGAUCAAGAACAGCCCGCUUAAUCAAGAACUCAGAAUGCAUAACAUUAUGCUUGACGAGCAAUACAAUGCAAAACUGUUUUAUCUUGCAUCAAACAAACAAUGGUUGAAACCAUAUUUGGAAGAUGGAUUCACAUUUGUGGGAAAAUCUAAAUACUUACCUCCUGAAAUGUUUCUAAAGUCAGGUCCUUUCGGAAUGGAGGCGGAUGUUUACACAUUUGGUGUGAUCUUGCUUGACCUUUUAAGUAACUUACAUGUUCGGAGUAGAUCUCUCUUGCAUUUGAAUUAUAAGAUUGAUAAAAUGAUUGAAGAAAUAAACGAUCCCAGACUUGGGAGAGAUUAUCCUGUGAGUGCAGCAACACAGAUGUGCACACUCCUCAAAAGAUGCACCAUGGAGGACAAGAAGAAACGACCAUUGAUGCAAGAAGUUUUGGAUGUUCUGAAUGAUAUUGCAGAGAUUAAAGACUAA